AGACAGACCAUGACAAAGUUCUGUCAAGAGCAUUUGGCUCCGAAGGCCCAACAGAUUGACCAGGAAAACGAAUUCAAAGACAUGCGGGAGUUUUGGAAGAAACUCGGGGAAUUGGGAGUUCUGGGGAUCACGGCUCCUGCGGAAUAUGGUGGAUCUGCUUUGGGGUAUCUGGACCACGUGCUGGUGAUGGAGGAAAUUUCUCGUGCGUCAGCGGCUGUUGGGCUUAGUUACGGUGCCCACUCAAACCUUUGUAUCAACCAGCUGGUGCGUAACGGCAACGAGGCCCAGAAAAACAAGUACUUGCCCAAGCUAAUCAGCGGGGAGCACAUCGGAGCCUUAGCAAUGAGCGAACCCAAUGCUGGGUCUGAUGUUGUGUCCAUGAAGCUGAAAGCAGAUAAGAAAGGAGACUACUUUGUUUUGAACGGGAACAAGUUUUGGAUCACCAAUGGGCCAGAUGCAGACGUUCUCAUCGUUUAUGCUAAAACUGAUGUUAAUGCUGUUCCAGCCUCCCGAGGUAUAACUGCAUUCAUUGUGGAGAAGGGAACGCCAGGUUUCAGCACAGCCCAGAAGCUCGAUAAGCUGGGAAUGAGAGGGUCCAACACCUGUGAACUGAUCUUCGAAAACUGCAAGAUCCCCGCUGAAAAUGUCUUGGGGACGCUGAGCAAAGGAGUCUACGUUCUGAUGAGCGGAUUGGACCUGGAGAGACUCGUGCUGUCUGGCGGGCCGCUGGGGCUCAUGCAAGCUGUUCUUGACCACGCAAUUCCAUACCUACACGUGAGAGAAGCAUUUGGACAGAAAAUUGGCCACUUCCAGCUCAUGCAGGGCAAAAUGGCUGAUAUGUACACCCGGCUGAUGGCCUGUCGGCAGUACGUCUACAACGUGGCGAAGGCCUGCGACCAGGGCCAUUUCAACGCGAAGGACUGCGCUGGAGUGAUCCUGUACUCAGCAGAGUGCGCUACGCAGGUGGCUCUGGAUGGGAUUCAGUGUCUGGGAGGGAACGGUUACAUCAACGACUAUCCCAUGGGGCGAUUCCUGCGUGAUGCCAAGCUCUACGAGAUAGGGGCCGGCACCAGUGAAGUGCGCAGACUUAUCAUUGGCAGGGCCUUUAACGCCACUUUUAAGUAACGUCCACCAGUGGAGAGGCAGCACCCCGACCACCGCGAGGCCUUUGCCCAUAGAGGCUGAAGCGCACAACUUUUUUC